UUUGUUGUUUAAGAUUUGAACUUAUUUCAAUGCAAUAAUACGGUUAACAGAAACUGCUGAACCAUACUGAUGCCUAAUAUAAAAGGAUCUAUCGAAAAUUUACGUCGUCAACUACGUUCAAUUCGAUUUAGUUAUGAUGUCAAUUUUCAAGGUAUGGUGUUGGGUCAGUCAUCUGCAUUUGUUGAAUUUUAUCGGCGUUUACUCUGUGAUUAUAAUGCAAAAGUCACCAGUUACCUCGUUGAACUUGGAUUUGGAAUGCUCGGUAUGAUUUUACAAUAAGUUAAUACAUCCAUUAUUACCAUUAAUAAAUUUAUGUUUUCUUCUUGUCAAAUAUGACACUAUGUGUGUAGAUAUUAUCUUGAGUGCAUAUUCUUGUGAAGUUAUUUUUGCGUUUUUGAAUUGGAUUAAAUUUUAAAAAAUACUAUGCUAGACUGGAUUUCAUGUACUCCUAGAAAAUCGUAAACCUAGACAAAACCAGUGUCAGCGGAAUUUCUCUCAACGCAAACUCAUAACAAGUAAGUCACGUUACUUCUUAUAUAAUUAUCACAUAUAUGACUUAGUGAUUGAAAAAUUUAACUUCAGACUAUUCAGCCUCAGGCUUGAAAACAGCUUCACCUCAUUUCAGGAAGAUGAUUAGUAUCGUUAGGCUUCACACACAAAACUUUCUGUUCGUAACCAGGUAAAUAAAUUUGUACUAGGCAAAUAAUACAUUCAAUUUUACCAAGUAUUAUCCAUAAUUAUCACUUCAUUCAUUUUUUUCUUGAUCCGUCAUAUAUGUAUAUAAAUUCAGGCACAACAGACAGCAGAUUUAUGGAAGUGCUUUAUCGUAUUCUUCGAGAUGUUUUCUCUUAUCGACCAUCGAUUACAAUGGCACAAUUUUUUGUGACUGGAUUUGCAGAACGUAAAAUUGAAAUGGCUACCACUGUUGCUUUACAUAUAGGAUCCUUAAUUAAACAUCAAGAUAAGAAUAGAAUACAUUCCAAUUAUUAUCAUCAUCAACGACAACACGAGAGCCGACAUCAUAAUGAUCAGUUGAAGGCUAAUUUGAACACACAAAUACCUUUAGUGUUGCCUGGAGUUUCAUUGCAUCGAUCAAUUGAGCGGAAUGUUGAAAAAUCACUUGUUCCAUCUAAUGAUAACAGCAAUAAUAAUGAUAAUAAUACUGAAUUGUGUAGAAAAUUUGUACAUUCCAGUGGAAAAAGUCCUGUACUCUAUAAUGAUUUAUCGAAUGAAAUCAAUUGUACUGUUUUAAAUGGUAAUAAAACUGUUCAAAGUAGAGAAUGUUCACAAGAACCUCAUAACCGUGGUAAUGAUCGUAAUGUAAAUGGUAAAGAAGCAAAGUUUUACAGGACAAAGACACUAAAUACUGAUCUUAAUUCACGUGAUCAACAUAACAAAUUCAAAAAUGAAUAUGCUCAGUAUAAACACAUCUAUCAUGCCCAUCAUCCAUUUGACAAUAACAAUCCACGACGUUCUUAUACAUCUCAUACACUAUAUGAAAAUUGUACAAAAUUAUCCGAUCAUAAAUUGACCGCUUCUACUACUGGAUCCGUCAGUACGGUGACUGCAACUUCAAUGGUGCCAAUAAAAUCACUUGAUGCCCCAAAUAAUUCGAAGCAACGCUCAAAAGAGAAUUAUUGUACUUCAUCAUCAUUUAAAUAUCACAAUAAUAAUACUAAUGAAUAUUUGUUAUUCAGUAGCAAUGAUCUUCCUCCAGUGGUUGAUCAUCAGGAUAAUCAAUCUAGUUUAAUGAAUCAUGAAGAUCUUCGAAAUAUAAUGAAUUCAUUGUUCCAAUUAACGGGUAAAGUGAAUGGUAUGCUUACACGUAUAAAUAAAUUAGAGAGUAGACUAACAAAUGUUGAAACUGAUUGUUCGUUUAAUCAUCGUUCAAGAACAUAUAGCGGAAAUACUGUUGGUUCAAAUCAACCACUCACGGAUUCAAUUGAUAUAUAUGGUAGUAGGAAUAUUGCCAAUCCUACUAGUUUACCUCAUGUUGUUACAGGAAAAUAUAGUAAUUAUUUGCCCAUUAACUCAACAAAUUCACUUGUCACAUCUAAUAGUGGCAGUUCUACGUUGGAUACGUUCAAUGAAACGAAGUGCACAAUUGGGACAAAAACAAAUACUACCACGAAUGCUGUAAUAUCAUCGUUACCAGUGACAACGGCGACAACAACAACCAACUCUUAUGAUGUUAAAUCGUAUGCAGAUCGUUAUAUUCCAAGUUAUAAUAAUAAAUUAUCUGAGUCUUUCUUAUCAAAACCUAAAUAUUUAACAUCAACAAAAUUGAAUUUACAAGAUAACAACGAUUAUCAUUAUUCAGUUGCUAGUAAUCAAGCUAUAAUGGAUAAAACAGAAAGUCAGAACGUGAAAAUUUCUAUAAAUGAUAAUCAUCAAUCUAUCAAAAAUGUUCCGAAUACUUUUAAUUCAUUCCAUGAUUCAUACAAAUACAAUGAAAAUUGUUAUGACUUAUCAAGUCGGAAUGAAAUUCCAGAAUCCGUUCAUUCUAAAUAUGCUGACUCUUUGAAAACUAUCAAUCAUCGAUCAUCUAGAUUACUUGAUCUGAAUACUUGUUCACUGGUCGAUUUAGAUCAACAAUCUGAAAUUCAAUCCCUUUCAUUCGGUCGUAAUAAUUCGGCAUUACCUUAUCGUCCUAAAUCAUCUGCUGAUUAUUCUACCAGACAUGAUACAUCUAAUCCAUUUGAGAAUUCUUGUGGUCAGCGUAAAAUGAUGAUACCUUUGUUGCCAUUAAAUUCAUCACGUAAAUCUGUUGAAUCAAAGACUCCAAUCAAUCAGAAGUCCGAGGCUUCAUAUCGUGCUCAAGUGGAACGUAUAACCAAUAUGCUUGCUGAAACCCAAAAUCUUCUUCAAGAGCAUUCUCCUGUUGUUAAAAUGGACGAAAUAUUCAGCAGUAACAAUAAUAAUAUCAUAACCAAUGAUAAUAGUAAUAAUGCAGUGAUUUUAAAAGCAUAAAAUUGAAAUUCUUAGUAGAUUGAAUAAUUUUUUUUAUUAUAAAUGACUAUAGUUGAUGAAAAAGGAACCAAUUUUUCGUGUGUCUGUUUUCGAACAAAUAAUGCUACAUUGUUUGUUUGUCUUAAUAUGACGUACAGGUUUUUGUUCUUUUCGCAUUUGUGUGUGUGUGUUCAGAAGAGAAAGAAUGCAUUUAGUUCUGUUUGUGAUUGUUUUAAAUGAAACAAACAUACUAGUGAGUUACUUUAACAUACAGAAUAAAAUGAACCUAUUAAUAUCAUCAUCAUCAUUCGAUACAUAAAACGAUCACAUCAACUACACAUUGAUCUACCUACACAGAUGACAGGGAAUAAUAAAUAUAACUGUCAGAAACACGGUUAUAACGUGUUUCUUUCUUUUUUAAAUUUCCAACUAAAAGUUGAAAAUGGAACAGAAAAUUCAAAGUAUAAUCUUAUUCAAACGUCUAAUUAUAAUUUCAGCAAUGAAAAACUAUCUCAGAUAUUUGUUAUUUCUCCUUGUCAAAUCACUUUAUUAUCAAAUUAUGAUUAUCUGUAGACUGUUUUCAAAUUAUUUUGUAAAGACUUUGUGACUAGAAUAUUAUUACAUUUAUAUUGUUUGCUCAUUAGUGAUAGUGUUCGUUUAAUGGUGUUUUGGUUAUUUGUUUUAUUGAACAUGUGCUUCCAAGUAUAUCCCAAUCUGAAUUAGUUAGAAUAAUAAACUAUUAGUAUGAUUAUUAUUAUUAUUAUUAUUUGAAAAUGCCUCUUCAUUCACUCGAACUAUUCUCUUCAUGUUAUAAUUGAUGAUAGUAGUGACUUCUAAAACAAACCCGGUUGUAUUUUUUCGCUAAUAUUAUUGUUAUGUUUUACAAUAUUCUUUCAACCCUUUAAUCUUGAUUUUGAAAAUGUGUUUUCUUCUUUUUAAAUUGUUUAUCAUUUCAUAAAGAAAAUUGAGUUUAGUGUGAUAUUAAUAUUGAGAGUAUAAAUAUUAGAGGUGAUUUACACCUUGGUAGUGAAAUUUACGUUACUAUUAUUAUUAUUAUUAUUACUAUUAUCCAGUUUAUAAGAUUGUUACCGUUGUUCUUCCCCCUCCCUCUAGAAAAUUGUAUUCUUAUUUAAUUUUGUUUGUCUAAAAUGAUUAACAUUAAAAAAAUC